CGGAGCCCCAAAAAUGCAGUAAAAUCAUUCUUUUUCUUAUUCGUCCCUCUAAGUAUAUAAACUCAGCAAACGACAACGGAACAGCACAUUCACCAAUCGUUUGCAGCUGUUCCAAACCAGCAAUCAAAUUUCCUCGUAGCAACAUGUUUAAGCUAGCUGUUUUGGUUGUGUUGGUAGCAGUAGCUGCUGCACAGUAUGGUCAACAUGGAUAUGGCGGCGGAAAUGCCGGAGGUUAUGGCGGUGGCUAUGGAGGUGGCUAUGGAGGUGGUGAACAAGGCGGUGAAGGAGGUUAUGGCGGCCAAUCUGGUUAUGGACAUCAAGAUUAUGCUCAUCAACCUAUCCCUUACAAAUACGGAUACGACAUCGUGGGUGGCGACCACCACAGUGACUUCAAGCAAACUCGCCAAGAGCAUGGAGAUGGACAUGGCAAUGUUCAGGGAAGUUACUCUUACUCUGACGGUCACGGAAAUCACAGACAGGUUGAAUACGUCGCCGAUCACCAUGGAUUCCGUGCUGUUGUCAAGACAAAUGAGCCCGGAACUGAGAACCAGAGCCCCGCAGAUGUUCAGCUCCAUGCACCUGCUUCUCAACACCAGUCUUCUGGUGGUUUAGGCUUAGGUCUUGGCACUCGACUUUCCCUCGGUCAUUCUUCGUACUAGAAGACUCAGUUAGGAAUUAUAAUUUAUUGGUGUACAGCAGCGUAAAGAUUUUAGUGUGAUGCUACAGUAUGUAAAGGGUGAAUGGAUUAUAUUCUCCUACGGUAUAGAGAAGCAGAAGACGAUGCCAGAUCUAAAAUCAGGAAAGAAUGCUUCAGGGAGUUUCAAAAUAAUUAAUAUUAUUUAUAUGAGCUUGUUGUGCAUGUAAUGUUGCAUGUGAAAUAAAAGGCUAUACUUAAAAAUCA